AUGGUGGUUGUGACAACGUUGUGCAAAGAUGGCCAUUUGUUGACCUGGCAGAGCCAGCCAAAGAGCGGCAACUAUGCGCUGGGUAACAUCGCCAUAGCUGCCAGCAUCCUGUUCACUGGUGGGAGCCCCACCCAGUCUCUGCGCCUCUUGCAGAAUGCUGGCAUCGCCUGCUUCUCUGCUAGAACGUACUACCGCAUACAGCAGGACUUCUUGAUACCAGCAGUCAGCAAGGUGUGGGUACAACAGCAGCAGGCGCUGCUGGAGCAGCUCAAGUCGGCUGGAGUAAAGCUGGCUGGGGACAGCCGUGCUGACUCGCCGGGAUAUACUGCCAAGUAUGGCACUUACUCGUUGUUAGAGACAACAGUCAAUCGUCUAGUGGACGUCAGGCUUGUCCAGUCAAACGAGGUUGCAUCGAGCAACCACAUGGAGCUCGAAGGACUCAAGAGGGCACUGCAGCACCUUGAUGACAGUGGUGUACCAGUGCACGAGGUGGUGACUGACAGGCAUGCACAAGUGAGAAAGUUUUUCAAGACCGUAAGGCCUGGUACCAGCCAUCUAAUUGAUUCGUGGCACGUCAGCAAAGGUCUUAAGAAGCAACUUGUGGCAGCCACUAAAUCUAGAGGCUGUGAAGCCAUCGGCCCUUGGAUAAAAUCAAUCAAUUCACACCUCUACUUUUCCGUGAAAGUUGGUGGUGGUGAUGGUGAUAUGGCUGUGGCUGUUUGGAUGUCCGUCCUCAACCACAUCAAGGACAAGCACGAGGGACACAGUGUGCUGUACCCAAAGUGCCAGCACAAUGAAUUGGAGCCGAGAAAAUGGUUGCAACCAGGGCCCUUUUAA